AUGGGAAGCCAAAAUAAUGAUCCAAGUGUUGCAGGUUCAUCAAUUGCACUUCUGCAAGAAAGAUUUAGGCAGUUGGAAAAGUUAAGGGAGAAGAGAGAAGUUGUAAAACUCUUGUCCGAGCCCAAAUGGACUGUGACUUCAGCCGAGACUUGUCAUCGGCCACCUAAGUUUUCCUUCCCUCAGAAAGAAGUGCCCGUCCAACAUCCCCUCCAUCUUGGACUCGGCAAGAACGAAGAUUUCCAAGCCACCGAGAGUCGUUCAUUACAUUCUGCUGAGACAAGGGAGCCUAAUAAUUUUGAUGUUGAUACUUCUCUUCAUCUGUAG